CUCUGCUCCUCCUCUUCCGUACAGUUCCUGUUGCCUUCCUCCUGCUCGCACACGGGCGCGCGCGCAUCCCAGGCACCGAUGGCCCCGCCCGACACACCGAGCGUGCCGCUGGUCCGGCAGGGGCUGGACUACCUGGCCCUUUGGCGCGGCCGGCCAGCCAAAUACAACCACUGGCACAGCUUCACCAUGCCCGGGGAGGUCGACGUCGCCGGGGGUAUGCAUUUGUUCCGGCACGACAUCAGUCGCCUGGUGGCCUAUUUUCUGGCCAGCUCCGAGGCGCUGGAUGCCAGCGUCACCCAGUCCGGGGGCGAGCGCAUUGCCAGCUUGGAACUUGUCACGCCCGGACCGGCUGGCAUGGCGCACACGCUGCCGGUCCCGCCGGUGCCCAAGCCAACCUCCCCUCCGCGCGCGCCGCUGGGCCCGGAUGAUGCAUACAGCUUGCGCCUCUUCCGGGCCUGCUGGACUGCUCUGGAUUUCUCCCUCAUCCAUGUUAUCUACUCCGGGCGAAAUCACGCCCAAACGCUGCACUCCUUCUUUGCCGUGGUCCUCGAGCUGCUCUUCGCCGGCCGGGACAUGGCUACCCGCCUGGCGGUCAUCUUCUGCCUGUAUGUGCUUUUCUUCACGCAGCCCAGCCUACCAGCCGGACUGGCGCCGCAUGACAAGGAUCUCUUCCCGAAAACCAUCUACACCCUGCCUGUUGUGGCCAUUCGUGUGACCCCCGGCCUUUGGCGUGAGCUUCGCUGGACCCUGCGACUUAUGCACGACUUCUUGCAAAUCCCCCAGGAGCCGGGGUCCCUCGAGGCCGGGUCCUCGGCACCCCUCGGCCCGGAGCACCUCGACUUGGCGCGCUUUCCCAAGGCCUCCCUCCGUGGGGCGGUCCUCUGCAUGGUUCGCCUGGAGGCGGCCGGGGCCUUUCACUUCGGCCUGUUCCACAGUCCCAGCCUGCUGGAACUUGGCCUGCCGGUGGCAUCCGACGGGGCGGCGGGGCCACCACCACCACCUCCACCACCACCGGCUGGCGAUCAGGCACAUCCUGCCUCGGGGCAUGCAGAAGACAGCAGCGAUGAAGACAUUGCUGCCGGGGACCCAACCGGUCUGGAGAAUCUGCACCAGCUGGUGGCCUUGAGUGAGCGCAUGGCCGAUCCUCUUGGGGCCCUGUUCGCCGAGCACCCCGAGCACCAACCGGGCCAGUCCGAUGCUCCUCGGGCUUUGACAGAUGCCCGGCCGCCCUGCCUCGAUGUUGCGCGUGAGCACCUGGCCACCGGGGUUCGUCGCCUCGAGCAGGCCCUGAUCUCGGCGCCGACAAUGCUUGUUGCUGGGCCACUGGCCGGGCCGAAUGUGGCUGAUCGAUAUGCCGCAGCCAUGGAGGGGGCUCGUGCGGCGGUGGACCCGGAUCUGGCGGCUGCAUCUGAGGGGGCGCGGCUCGUGGCGGCACUUGGGGCGCCUGGCGCCCGCCCAGGCACCUGGGGCUUCAGCGCCGGAGCAAGCGCCACCGGCAUGGGCACCGAUGGGCGGCCAAUUGGGCCGCACUUUGCCAGCGAGCCCUUCCGCCGAGCCACGGACCAUGCAAAGCAUCUGCCAUCGGUGGCCUUGCGCAUGGCGCCGGGCCCGGCUUCCAUGCUGCCCGCGUCGCCGCUGCCAGCCCUCCUGCUGGCCGAGCCGCCGGCCCUGCCUCCGGCCGGUCGGUCCUUCGGCUUCACCACCCCCGGGUCCGGUGUGGCCAUCCUCAAUGAGUCGGAUCUGGAGUCCGAUGGGGCGGCUCCCGGAUAUGAGCAGCUCUCCCAGAGCGACUCCAGCCCGGAUGGCAGCGACGACUUGAGCCCGAACUCCAGCGGGUUUGAGUACUUUGAAGCCACGGCGCAGCACAUUCGCUCGCAGCGCCACCCCACGGCCCGGGGCGACCUCGAGGACGAAGGCUCGAACGGCCACCAAAGUGACCACAAUCCCUUUUCCUCCUCAGACGAAGAGCAGAACCCCUCGCUCGCGCAGGCCGUGGGGGGGGACACCUUUUCCGACUUCUCCGAUAGUGACGACGACCAUGAGGAGGACCGCCUCGAUGACGGCGCGCAAAUGGUGACGGUCCAGGUGCCGGCUCGGCGCCGGGCCUCGGUUGCCCAUGCAUCGCCUUCCCCUCCGGCUGCCAAGCGGAUACGACCCUCUUGAUAACGGGGGCG